AUGUCUUCCAUCACUGAGCUGCUUUACGACCUUGUCGGAAAGCUUUCUGCUCUCAUUGAAUCCCCAUUAAAGCAAUCUGAGAUGAAUGAAAAGAUUACACAAAUUGCGGAACGGGUCAUCGCUGCUGCCCGGCCUGAUAUGCCCGACUGGACUACAAGGGUCAAUGGCUUCGGCGAGUUCGUUGCCAUGAAGCUUUUUAUUGAUUGGAACGCGUUUGAAGCAAUUCCUCCAAGUGGAACUAUCUCGGAUGAAGAACUUUCCAAGAAGCUCAACGCUGACAAGUCUUUGGUUCGUGAAGAGGAGUUGGCACAUACCGAGAUCUCCAAACGCUAUCUUCCAGGCUUGCCGGAUACAGUCGUGUUUAGUUUCUGGUAUGAGGGAACUAUUGUGCCUUCCGUGAAAAUGCCGGAACACUUCGCGAAGUACGGCCGCCGAGAGCCAGAUUCUGAGAUCCGAACACCACUGGCCUUUGGAUUUGGCCAGCCAGAGAUGACGCCGUACGAAGUUUACUACCAAGAACCAAAGAGAAGGGACCAGUUCCAGAAAGCCAUGCAAAUGGCACAAUAUGCGGCCCCUUUCACCGGCUCGUACAACUUCAGUUGGAUCAAGGAGAAAAUCCGAAACAUGAACGAGCAACGGGCAGUACUUGUGGACGUUGGCGCCGGAAAUGGCCACGUCACCAAGGCCAUAUUGCAGGAAAACUCAUUCAUCCCAACGGAACGCGUCGUUCUCGAGGAUAGAGAGGAUGUGCUUAAACAUGUAGCCGCAAUGAAUGAUCCGUGGCUGAAAGAUGCCAAGUUACAAAUCCACGAUCUUCAUACGAGGCAGCCUAUCAAGCGUCAGUACUUCAUUAUCCUAUCCAAACUCACAGAAACCUUGACUCAUGGCUUCUCACAGACGCUCUGGUUUAUUGGAUACGCCAUGGCAUCCGAUAGCAGGCUUCUCAUUGCCGACAAUGUCAUACCUAAUCCGCCUCCGAUUUCAGAAUGCAUGCUAGACUUUACGAUGUUGAAUACUGCUGGCAAGGAGAGAACGGCCACUGCUUUUAAUGACGUCAUCACCCGUGCGGGACUGAGAAUGGUAAAGGUGCAUGGUAUGGAUAAGAAAUUACAAGUUGUCGAGUGUGUCAAGGCUUGA